UCGCAUGGGUUGGACACAGUUAUUCUAGCUUGGCAUCGUGACGUAGUCGGUUUGGGUUUUCCAAUUGCCGGCGACGAACUAAACCCAAAUGGAGCAGAUGCUGUUGUACUCGACAUACCGCGUCCUUGGGAAGUAGUCACCAACCUACCCAAUGUCUACAACCCGCUUUCCGGUGCGUUUUAA